GGGGCUGCGGGGAUGGCGGUGCCCCCUCCGGCUUCCCUGCCGCGCUCGCCCAGUUACCUGCGCGGGCGGGCGCCCUGCCCGCAGUGCUCAUGGGGCAUGGAGGAGAAGGCGGCGGCCGGCGCGGGCUCCCCGAGGGCGGCCGCCGUCCCGAGCUUCGCCGUGUCGGUGGACCCUGACGACAUCCUCCCCGGCGCCCUGAGCCUCAUCCGGGAGCUGCGGCCGCGCUGGAAGCCCGAGCAAGUUCGCACCAAGCGCUUCACUGAUGGCAUUACCAACAAGCUGGUGGCCUGCUACGUGGAGGAGGACAUGAAGGACUGCAUGCUGGUCCGGGUGUAUGGGGAGCGGACGGAGCUGCUAGUGGACCGGGAGAAUGAGGUCCGGAACUUCCAGCUGCUUCGAGCACACGGCUGUGCCCCCAAACUCUACUGCACCUUUCAGAAUGGGCUGUGCUAUGAGUACAUGCAGGGUGUGGCUCUGGAGCCUGAGCACAUCCGGGAGCCCCGGCUCUUCAGGUUAAUCGCCUUAGAAAUGGCCAAGAUUCAUGCCAUCCAUGCCAACGGCAGCCUGCCCAAGCCCGUACUCUGGCAGAAGAUGCAGAGCUACUUCACACUGGUGAAGAAUGAGAUCAACCUUAGCCUCUCUGCAGAUGUCCCUCAGGUGGAGGUGUUGGAGCGGGAGCUGGCCUGGCUGAAGGAGCACCUGUCUCAGCUGAACUCCCCUGUGGUGUUCUGUCACAACGACCUGCUCUGCAAGAACAUCAUCUAUAACAGUGCCAAAGGUCACGUGCAGUUCAUUGACUACGAAUACACUGGCUACAACUAUCAAGCAUUCGACAUCGGCAAUCACUUUAAUGAGUUUGCAGGUGUGAACAGCGUGGAUUACUGCCGGUACCCUGCGCGGGAGACCCAGCUGCAGUGGCUGCGCUUCUACCUCCAGGCACAGAAGGGCACGGCCGUGACCCCUCGGGAGGUAGAGCGGCUCUAUGUGCAAGUCAACAAGUUCGCCCUGGCCUCCCACUUCUUCUGGGCCCUCUGGGCGCUCAUCCAGAACCAGUACUCCACCAUCAACUUCGACUUCCUCAGGUACGCAGUGAUCCGAUUCAACCAGUACUUCAAGGUGAAGCCUGAAGUGUCGGCCUUGGAGAUGCCAAAGUGACCAGUCCCCCAGCCCAGUCCUCCCCGACCUGUCUGCUUGGCUCUGGGCUCCGCACCCCUGGACAAGGUGGGAGCAGGGACAGGCAGAUGCCAGGAAGAAGGCCCCUGGUGGAUGCCACCGAAGACCUCAUUCUCCUGUCUGGAGGGGCUGACAGGCCCCAACACGGGGGCCCUAUCCCUCUCCAGGCUGGGGAAGAAGUGCCUGCAGACAGCCAGGGCCUGGUCCAUCUCUGCUCCAGAGAAGCACACAUUCCCAGCCCUAGGCCUGCUGGUAUUGGGCUGCCUUAGAUGUGUCUCUGACCCUUCCUGGCAGGGGAGGGGAGGGUCCUUUCUACCUCCGAUGCGAUGCCCCAGCCUCCAGCAUCUUUGCGUCCCUGUGGCAGGCCCCAUGUGGGAGGUGCUGACCCCCAAACCAGCCUCAGGCCAACCCUGACUACUUGGUGUCCACAGCCUGGGGACAGGGCCUAGAAUCCAACGCGGUGGCCACGGCUGCCUGGUCUGAGCCCUCACUCGCACCCAGGCAGCUCCUCCUUCCCAAGCUGCAGACAGGAAGUUUCCUUCCGCUCUGUCAUUGCAGCCUGUUGGGGAGGCAAUGGAGUGGCAAGCCUGACCCUCCAAAGCCAGGCUCUUGUGGCUUGGCAGAGGGGACAUGGCCAAGGAUGGGCUGGCUGGCACCAGGGCCUCCCUUCCAAGAGUCUGUCUCCCCAUCUCCACCUUCCGUCCCAGAGUUGACCCAAGGUCUUCCCACUUGGGAACAACCGAUUGGGUCAAGGGGCAGGAGCCAGGGGUCUGCAAGGUCCCGUACAAGGGGCCUGGGCAGGACCAGAUCAUGAAAUUGCCUCCAUCGCCCUUGUGUCCUCAAAGCUUCUCUGAGGUCCUCCUGGCUCUGGCCCAUGAAAGUGUCACAUUUGUAAAUUAACAUGGAUUUAUGCAUUAAAAUGUUCGUUUCUGCACUGCCCUAAGGGACAGUGGGGGGACUUGA